CUGGCCCUGCCCCGCCUCCCGGUUCUCUAGUAAACGCAACCUCGUGGUUUCCCAUCAUCCCAUAUCGGUGGAUAGGAUUGUGAUACGCAAACAAACGUUGGUUGCGACCAUUACCCAGCACCUACCUAGCAUAUACGUCUAUCUGAUCUAUAUAUAGAUUAGAUAUAGAUCCGGGAUCAUGGCCGGUAAAAAAGGUGAAAACAGCAAGAAGGCAGCCGGCCAAGCUCGAAAAGCAGAGACAGCCGCAAAAAAAGCCGCGACGGAAGAUGCGAAGAAAGCGGCAGUAGAGGACGCGGAUUGGGAAAGGGGUUCUAAAAAUAAUUCCAAGAAGGAAGCACAAGCUGCAAAGAAAGCAGAGCAGGCUCAGAAAAAGGCCGAUCGAGAAGCUGCCCUUGCCGAAGAAGAGAAGAGCCUGCCGAGCCGCCCCGGUCCAAAGAAUUCUAAGACCGCCACUAAAAAGACAAACCGAGGCCUCGACAAUGCAUUGUCCGAACUUAAUGCCAGCGAAAACAAUAGCAAUAGCGACAACAAACUUCCAACACUCGAGGCCUCAGGCAUUGAAAACAUUCUAGAUGCUCUAGGUUUGAUCUUGGAUACAAACGAUGAAAAAUAUGACAGGCAUGCGGAAAGAAGAGUUGGGGCUGCAUUUGCCGCCUUCGAGAAGAGGCGACUCGAAGAGAUGAGCGCAGACGGGAGCGGAAAAGGAUUGCGCCUGAGCAAGAAGCGGGAGUUGCUCUUCAAAGAAUUCAGGAAGAGCCCGGAAAACCCCCUCAACAAUAAUUACAACGUCAGGCACAACGCCACGAAGGCUGAGGUCCAAGAGAUCAAAGAACAGGAGAAGGCGAAGACCGAGGCUAGGCUUACGUCUAAGUAGGAAUUAGACGUGCCUCUCUCGGUGCCGUGCUUCUGGUUUGAACAUGGCGAGAAGAGCUGUUCGGAAUCAGUUGUGGUAGGGUGCGCAAUGAAAAUGAAGCUCGAAAGAGUGAGACCUUUGGUUCUUGCUCUAGUAUAGAGUUGAACUCAUAAGAUGGAGAAAAGGGGUACUACAGAUCAGCACUCCUUGAUCCACACAAUGGGUGUGACGCAAAUAUUUCACUCUGUCUGUCGCCAUUACUUAUCUCCUCUAAUUAUUUUC